AUGGCCGACAAAGCGCAAGCGACUUGGCGAGCCUUCACCAUUCAGGGGCCGCAGGUUGCCUUAGCUAUGCUGCGAGGUUCCAAACGCAUAGAAUCUCGGAAGAGGCGGAUGGCAGCUGGCUGGUACUAUUUGCACGUGGGCCGUCAGUCAAUCAACAGCUUGCCCCCCGAAUGUUCGGCCGCCUUGCGCCAGACAUGGCCGGAUGCGCCAGAGGAAGCUUCUUUGUCCAAAAGUUGCGUGGUCGGGAUGGUGUGCCUAGGGAAAGUGAUUCAAGCCAGCAAGGUUGAAAACCCAUGGGUCUGUGCCUCCUUGCCGUUGGUCCACGAGAUUGUUGCCACCGUAGAGUUCAGAUCCCCAGUUCGAUGGGAAAAGGGGAAGCAAGCUGUCUGGCAUGUCAAAGAUGGAGAGAUGCAAGGAAAGCUGAAGGAAGCAACCGCCUCGGGAGAAAGAAGAAGCUGGGAUUCCUUGUGGCCAACUGCAGAAGAUGAGAGACCCGCUGCCAAGCGCCAGAAGCUCACGCAGCCUUGGAAAAGCAAGAAGCGGAAGCGCCGUUCUGACGCUGGGAACACCCGCAGUCCGGCUCAAGUUUCCUUCACAGCAUCCAAGCGUCGCCGGCUGCUUCUUCGCAGCCCUUUGCAAAAGCCGAAGUUGGCAAAAGCACCAGCAUCAGAAGCCUUGCAGGCCAGCACAAGCCCGCAGAGGGGACCUGACCGUUGCAGUCUUGCCCAACGGGUGGCAGCAGGAAGGACGUUGGAGCUGCUGACAACACUGAUGGCAGUGCAUUUCCUGAAGAUCUGUGAUGCCAAAGUCACACAGUUGCAGCCCAGAGGAGGUCUCUUUGCUUUCCGGGACGAUCAGCCGGUGUUCAUUCUGAGUGUAUGGACAAGCAGAAAAAUUCCUUUGGCUGAUGUGGUUCCAUUGAAGCAGGCAACAUUUCAAGGACAAACCGUCCUCAAAGCCAAAUACACAGAGACCCGCACAUGCAGACGGAGUGAGCUCAAAGAUGUCGGCUUACAUUUCCAGGUUGCCAACUGUGCGAAUGAUCGCCGCGGAGCGAGCUUGCUGUUCCAGAAGCAACCGGGGGAAACACAAGGAGAUCAAGGCAGAGCUUUGCGCGAGAAUGCAGCUUUGGCAGCUCGCUGGCAGGCUGGCAAUGCAGAGCUAGGUUUGGCCACUUCAUGCACAGUUGAUCACUCGGUGCGAUCCGUUGUGCCAGUGCGUUUGCAGGCGCACCUGGCCGAACGAGCUGCUUCAGGUAUUACCCAUCACGCGGCCCCACGCGCAGAUGAGAGCCGUUCCUUUUGGAUUCUGGACCUGCCAUUGCCAGUGCAAGUGGAUGGUCGCCGCCAUCGCUGCCAUACGUGCGCGCACUUGCGCAUCUUCGACAACUUUACCGUGGAGACACAUGAUGUUGUUGCAGCCUAUCCUGACGUGCUGGUGCACUACGUGAAGAAGCAAGCCCCUGUUUUGAUGACACGGCGAUUCCUGCUCCAUUUGGUGCAGCUGUUCUACGACCGCCUCAACUCUAGGGCAACGAGGCGAGCUUUGGUGGAGCAAAUCUGUGGCAAUGCUCUUUCCCUCAAUGUAGCUGGGCGCAUGAAAGAAUUUUGCAGUGCAGUGCCCAAAUCUGUAUCCAUCCGCUCCAUUCUCAUGGCAGCAUUGGAAGAUUACACCAAGGCAGCUUCACGCGAGAUGCAGCGGCUCAUCAAUGUGUACAGUGGUUCAGUGAUCAGAGGAGAUGGAAACCACGAUGUAGCAAAAAGGAUUACAAUGUAUGAUGAAGCAGGUCAGAAAACACACCCAUAUACGGUGCUCCUAGCUUGGGUCACGGUAGACGGGGCCUUGUUUCAGCCUGUAACAGCAGCUGAAACAGAAGACUGGGUCGACUUGCAACCUGAUCUGGAUGCUGUUGUAACCAACCUGAAGCAGGACAGGCUGGCAUCAGGCCUGUCCUUAGCUGAGGCAGCCCCAGUAGCUCAUGCCACGGACAGUUUCAGAAAGCAGCGUUUGCUGCUUGAUGCAUUUUACAAAAACAAGUACCACGAGAUGGGAGUCGAGGCGGUUUCCCAAACACCAAAAGGGAACGCCCAAGGAGCAAGAGGUGGAGGCGUGUCUCCAACCAUCGUAUGCGGAGAUCCGCUGCAUGACCAGUUGGCGCUACAGCGCAAGGUAAGUGCAGCGAGUCCAGAUGCCUCAUGCCUCAUUGCUGAUCACAAGGACAUCCUGCAGCGGUUGUCCUUGAAACCAAGGGUGGCAGAAGAUGUUCCACCUGUGCUCUCUGAGCCGGGUCUUUUCCUUGAGCUUGAUGAGGUCCAUCAUCCUCUACUGAAGUCGGUGGUUGAAGAUCUACAGGCAACCGUGUCAAAACGACUGGAACAAGAUCCGACUGGUGCGGCAGCUUUGAGAACUUUCCUGGAGCAACCCUUUGUCAACAAAGCCAAGACGUGGCGAAAAGUCUUUGCGGCCAGUCCACCACGGGGUGUGGUGCGACGCGCAUGUCGAGCCGUUGGCGCAGAGCUUCAUGACAGCAUGGGGUACCAUGGCUUUGCAGAGUUGAUGGAUUUCACAAAGGCUGUGAAGGAACUACGUGCUUGGUAUGCUGAUGGAAGGAAAAACAGCAGGCGCAGAAGAGGGAUUUGUCGGGUGGCUAAAGCCAAGCCACGAGUGCAAGGAAAGCGGUCAGCCAUCACUACCACAGUGGCAGAGCAUUAUGCGCGGUUGCUACAGCCGCUCCGGUUGCAAGGAUUGUGGAAAUGGCGCCAAGUGGCUCACUCAGUCCAAGAUGCAGGAGUGCCUCUUCAAACUGGCACAGUGGCUGUGGAGCGCUGGUGGAGCUCUCUAAAGCAGAUGCUGCCAAACGAGGUUGUGACCAUGGCUGCAGCCUUUGGCUUUACAGAGGAUGUGUGCUUUGAAUGCGCUGACACCUGGUUGCAGCUGGAUGCUCUGGAAUUUGACCCUCCAAGGCGGUCUGGAGAUGGCAGCGGCCCGGCAGAUGUGCAGCGGAUUCGCUUGCUCUACAAGCCUGAUUUGCACGGAGAUGAUGGGCUCGUUAUAGUUUCCUCUGACGAGGAGAAUGUCAUCUCCCCGCAGCAUGCUCCACCAAACGUAUGUAGACGCUGGCGUUCAGGUGCAUUAGAGCCCAUUGCGGGUGUUGAAGUUGACCUUGCAUUGCCGCGGGCGCUGGAUGAGCAAAAUGUUCGUCUCUUGCUUGUCUACUGGCACCUGUACAGUCAAGUUGAUCAAGAACGUCCGCCUGAAAAUUUGCCGCCAGACAUUCCGCUAUGGGCUUGGGAGUUGUUUUCAAAACCAGGAUUUCAUUGGACUGAGGCUCGGGUUCAAGCGUUGCAAGAAUCUUGUUUGCAGACGCUGCAGGCCGCAGACCGGAAAUUAUCCGAAGAGGCUGAUGAUGCCGCUUUGCAAGAGAUGGAGAUUGAGGCAGCAAUGGAAGCAGAGGCUGUGGCUGAGGGGGCAAAAAGAAAGACCAGAGAAGAGGCAGCUUCGCCUGUCCGUGCGGGUGGGGGCCCAGCGGGCAAGAAGUUAGCAACCAACGCAAGCCCGCCAGGAGGAGAACGCAGCCCAGUGCCGCCCACCCAAAGGUCCCCAAGCCCAGAAAGCCCUCCCCUCACACAGGGUGGAAGUGAAGCAGCCCGCUUGUCCAUUCCAAGCUUUGGGAUUGACAUCUACGACCUGAGUCGGACCAGCAAGGCAUCUACCACGGUGAAGGAUCCUAUGCACGACGCCAUGUCGGAGUACUUGGCUUGCAGGGAUGAAGCACAAAGCCUUUCGUUGCUUCACACCAAGAGCACAUACCAAGGGCUUGGAAGCCCAGAGGCUUCUUAUCAAACCGUUCUAAAGUGGCUGAAUGCAGCCUUGAAAGACCCCAGGGACCACCACGCUGUGGCAUCAGACUUUGCCUUCAGCACUCGAGAAAUGCUGCCCGUGCCUUUCGAAGUCAGCUUGAGAACCAUUGCCCGCAAGGAAGGUUGGGAGCCUGAGACAUUCAUGGCGCCGAUCCUCAGCAACAUUGGUUGGAUGGAGCAUCCAGGCACGCGGCUUCGAUUGCAGCCUGAUGAGGAGCACCGACGUGGCUGCGUAGUCCAAAUUGUUUGCGCAGGUGACCCCAGCAUGCGCAAGAGUUCUCUGAAGGAUUUUACCAGCAAAAAGCUUCUUUCCCAUGCAGAUGUCCCUGCUGUCAUCAAGGCAGGUGGCGCCACAUGCACGGAUGCCACCAUCAAGGGUAUUCGUGCUUCUAUCAAAGAAUAUGCCCGAGCUGGCAUCAUUUCGGAUGAGAUUGCCACAACAUAUGCCGUGACAUCCGGGAGGGAGACCCGACACUCAGGUCUGCAUUACGGCAACAAAGAAAAGAUGUGCACUUGGCUGAACUGCGAAGAUGACAAGACAGUCACUGGAGAUGGUGCCACGGCGCUGACUCAUUACACCUUCGUUCACCAAGUGUAUGGACAGGUGUCGCUUUGCGAGUAUGUGCUCCAGCCAACUGCAAGCAUGUUUUCCAAGAGAAUCCAUGCGACGUGGCAAACAAGGCCAGUGACAAGUGACCCUGAUCAGCAGAGCCAAUCCAGCAAAGAGUUCCUGAUUGACUUCUUUGGUUGGAUGGGGCGCGUGGCAAGCAACCAUGACAAAGACCACUACUUUGACAAGUUCGCCUUGCCCGUGCUCAGGAAGGCUUUGCAGGGAAUCUACGACUUCUUGCACGAGAAUCACGAGAAUGUAGAAGAACCAAUCCAACAGAAGCUACGCUAUGCUGACACAGAUGUGGCUCGGUACGCAAAUGCAGCCAUGCGUUGCAGGCAGUAUGCUGAGGCCCGCCGCGCUUUGGCCCUUGAUAGGAUCGUAGAUGAGCCUGCCGUUGAGAUGACCAUCUUCGAUUUGGGACAUGCCUUGCAUAUCUGGCGUCGCCAAAUGUGCUUGUGGUUUGCCUUCUAUCGCUCCAAGCAAGUCCAAGCCUUGGUAGGCCCCAAAGCCAUGCCAGAUGUCAAGACCCCAGGACUGACAGAUUUGGAUGCCAAGAUGAAAUUGCAGCGAAUCAUUCUGUCCAAUCCUCGAUGUGCUGGUCCAACCUCAACUGCGCACAUUCGCUCUGUUCUGAAGUACCACUUUCAGAAGGGGAAAGAGGAAAAACCAGCGAAGUACAUCUUGGCAGCAGUCAAAGACCUCUUGAAGGUUGGCAUUUUGCGAGAGGUUGACAAGAAGGAAGUGGAAGAACAGGCGCCCAAACUUAAGGACAAGAAAAGUGCCAAGAGCAAGGAGGCCACGCCAAAGAGCGAGCCACGAGGUUUUCGUCGGCUCACAAAUGAUGCGGGCUGGAACGUGAUUCUUGCCAGUUUGGAUGGCUUGGAGCAAGUCGAACCCAGCCCUUCGGAGGCGCUGUUGGCGCGGGUGCUGUGGAUCACCAUCUUUUCGAGGCUGGGACCCUGGGAUGGAUGGUCGACAGGUGCACAAGGUGUACCGUAUCUGAAUCGCAGCCGCUUUUUAGCUCCAGAUGGCAGGAGCUGCCAUGGCAAUGCGUUCAAGAUGCGAAUGUGCGUGGCCUCCUACAGCAGCCCAGUAGGAGCAUAUGAUGUUCUGAAAAGCUGUCAAUUUCCAGAAAUAGAUGCAGAUGUUGCGGAAGCAACUAUGGUGAGGGAUGAUAGGCUGUUGCAGAGCAUGCAAAAUUUGUGUGGCCGCUUGGCAGAAGUCCAAGGCACAGAGGAUCGGCAAAGGAAGCGGCGGCUUCAGAAAGCUGGUCAAAAUUUGGCUGGCAUCUUACAAGCUCGCCAAGGCCCAGCGCCCACCCUGAUGAGCGUGGCCCAGAAGCAAAGUUUUUUGACGGCUACAGCCAGUUACUUGCAGGAUUUAGGCCCUGACAAUUCUUCUGAAAUGCCCAACCUGGGUACUUGGUGUACGGUGGCUACCUCAGAAUUUGGGGCUUGGUUGAAGCCUGGUGUGCCUGGAGAUACACGGCAAGUCCUCUUGCUGCUCUUGCGGCAGUUACAACAGAAAGCCCACUUUGCUGUGCAACAUGGUUUGGCGCAACCUGUGAAAGGGGCGCUUGUGCGCACGACUGACCAUCGGAGGACUGAUGGGCAGCACGUUGCUAGAUUGCUUAUGCUGGAAGAUGCAGGCUCAACAACUGCAAAGAACUGCUAUAUGUGGGUUUGCCCGCGCGUGAAGCUGGAGACGGCUUUGCGAGAAGGUGCGGCCGAUGUUUGGGGCCUGGGUUCACUCCAUGUCGUGGUUGGCAGUUCCAACAUGAGAGGCAGCCAGCUGAGCUUACAGCCUGCUUUUUCAGAUGAAUUCUCGGAAGGCACAGAAGUUUGCACAGUACCAGAGACAGCCAUCUGGAACCAGCUGCUGGGUGUGAAUCGGGAGGAGCUAUUCAAAUUUGCAGAAUCCCAGCUUGGCCUCCAUCUGACCAUGGGUCAGCAAGACAUCAUGCGCCAACUGAACGGCGUUGUAGCCGUGAUCAAUAACUUUGCUGGAGGGGGGAAGACAACUUUGCUGGCUGUCAUUGCUUCGUACAUCAUCCAGCAGUUCCAGGCCACAGCAAUGCUCGGAUUUGAAGAAUCCGAAGGGGACCUGUUUCAGAAGUAUUUGCAGGAGGCCGCGGAUCGCAUGUUCACAACUUUUGCGAAGAUGUAUGGCAAACUAGAUGCCAUCAUCGGCCAAAUUCAUCACUGGCUUUUGAAUAUGGUCGUACCUGUGCUCACUGAGCCGGGAAAAUAUCUCCGAUUAGCCUUAUUGCUUUUGCAAUGGAGAGGCUAUCAUUUGCAGAAUGUUGUGUAUAGCCAGAUUUACAGGAUCAAACAGGAAGCGGUGCAAAAGGUGGCUCUCAUCGGUUCCACCACCUCCUACAUGGCCAAGCUAGCUGCCAGUAACAUUGGUUGGGCACGCUCGCUCAAAGAGCGCCGCAAACUGAUUCUGUUGCAGGACGAAUACAUGGGGGAACCUGCUGAAAGACAAGCGGUGAACCUCCUAGACUUUGAGGCCGUGCUGUUGGCAGGUGACCCGCACCAGUGCGUGGCUCAGCGACCGCAGCUGUCGCCAAAUGCCGCAUCAUUGGCACAGCUCGGGCCACGAGCUGAAAGGCCACUCCAGUGGCACCCAUGCCUGACGUGGCUGGAGAACCACCGCCACACCCAACGCAUCCUCAACCAUGAGACUUUCAGAACUGGAGAGCCAGCGAUGAGCUUUCUGAAAGCUGUUUUUGGGAACGAGAUGCUUGGCGAAUGCAUUUCCAAGGCCAACCAUUCUACUGCAGUGAUUCCAGUUUUGUUUUGGGAGGUUUGGGAUUGGAUUCCUGGAGGUAGCGGUGAAUGCCAACGUUCACUCACAAUUUUCUCCGCCAUUGCGUCUGUGCUGGCGGCGGAAGUGCUGAAAAGCUUGCAAACGGCAAAGCCGUCAAACGUGGUCAUCACUGCUUUUCUGCUGACGCAGCUCCGAGCACUGGAAGCAUUCUUGCACACUGUGGUGCCUCAGCUAUGUUUGGCCAUGCAGGGCAUGGCUGGGUUGGAAGGUGUCACAGCAGACCAAAUCAAAGGUGUUAUGCAACUGUGGCAAUUUCGCGGCCCAUACAGUGUGGGAGGAGCCAACUCUGAUGUGGCGAUCUGCUUGGGGGUGCGGCGGCAGGUGACAGAUAAAGCUUGGCGGGGUUUGGCUUUGGAAAAGCCGUUGAUUUACACGGCGCUAACCCGCGCCAAGCACCGACAAUACCUAUUUUUUGAAGACCUACGGGGUGAGGUUGUUCUCCCACAUCGUGGGACGCUGGCAGCCACGGGGCGGGCCCUGGGCCUGCGCAAUUUUGCCAUUCCCACGGCCCAACUGAACGCCACCACAGUCGAGUCCCACUUGCUUUGGACAAGGGCAUUGUGGUCAAGUGUCGAAAUCUUUCAAAGAGACUUCGACAGACAACCCUGGUGGAGUUGUCGCCCUGAAACACCAUGGCUCUUUUGGAGCCCGAAAUGGCGUGGCAUGAUGGGUUUGCAAGGUCCAAGUGCAUGGCCGGACAUGAUGUGUUUGGUUGCCAGCACAUUUGAUGAGAUGAUUUGGCCGGACGAGGGUGGAGAAGAUGGGGAAUUGGCUGCAACCUUUUUUCGUCACAUCACACUCCCACAGGUCUCUCCGACCGGGAACCGCCCAGUUCCAUCUGCAAAGGCGUUUCAGGACAGGAUCUUGGCUCGCCCAAGGCGGGAAGUUGUGCUACAGUUCUGGUCUUCUAUGGUGAUCGACAACCUUGCUGUCUCUUAUGGAACCAAGGAUGCAGUUGUUCAGAUGCCACUGAUGGCUUACAUGUCACCUGAAGCUUGGGCACGGCUGCUUUUGCCGGAUGAGGCAGCAGACGUACGCGAGGCAGUCAUUGACCCGAACUACGCCGCAGAGAUCUUGGUCGCGCGGGCUUUGGACAUGUACACGCAGACGCCAGAGGCUCGGGAUAAGGGUUUCGAAGGGGGCAUGCUCACCGAAUGUGCUGGCUGGGAGCUGGCUGUGUGCUGGCUGCCUCAUCUAAGUUACUUGUGCAGGGCAUGGCCACCCAGUGUGUCAGAGAUGCAUUCGCAUGUUCUGGCUCUAGGUGUGAGACUGGAGCAGCAAACAACGGUACACAAAUGGGAUCCUGUCACGAUCGGAGUGCAGGAAUUUUACAUCCCACAGUGCCGAUCAGAACGCCCGGCCUACACCAUUCGAGCCGUAGCGUCUUCGGCCACCACUGAGCUUCUCCAUACCUACUGUUGCAUGGGCUUAGAGCGAGCCCAUGAGCAUCAGCAGGUGGUCUUGUCCAGGUGCAGAUCGCACAGUGUGGCCCGGUGCAUCAUGCUGGCCGCUGCUGAACUCUUCGGCCACAAAGUGCGCAGAGAGCUCGUUUGCAGCGCUAUUCCUGAAGAAGCCGGGAAGAAGGAACAAGUGGAGAAUGAAUGGAGGGAGUGGCUCGAGCUCCUUGCGGAAAGGGAAACAAGGAGACUGCCGUCCUUCGAUGCCGAGGAUGUUGACACCGAAAUUGAGUUGAGUGUUCCCGUGGAGCUGCGGGACGCCUGCCGGGAGAUCUUGGCGAACCUACCAGUGCUUGGAGCCCGCGGCCAAGUUGUGAGGCAAGUUGUGAGGAGGAAGAUUCACUUAUUUUCCCUAGAAGCGGAGCAAGCGGGGCAAGCGGGGCAAGCGGCAGAAAUCACUUA